AUGGAGUAUUAUGGUGUUGAGAUGAGAACUACUUCUACAAAUAAUCCCGCGGCAAACGGUCAAGUUGAAGCUAUCAACAAAUCCGUCGUUCAGUUGCUUCGUGCUUACUGUGGUCUUAAUUCUGCACAUUGGUCUACUUAUUUGAAAAUUGUUCAGUUUACUUUGAAUACUCAUUGGUCUAAAGCUAUUGGUAUGACUCCUUAUCAGGCACUCUUUGGUAGAGUUGCUCGUGAUCCAGUGGGUUUGUCAGAUUUGAGAAUGGUUCACACUAAUGCUGAUGCUGCUGCUUUGGUUAAUCGUACCCAGUUGAUCCGAACUUAUAUCAAGGAUACAUUGUCUAGGUAUCAAGAUGAUAUGGAGAAAAAGGCUAACAAGGGGAGGAAAGGUAAGAAAUAUAAGUUAGGAGAAUGGAUUUUGUUACACCGAGAUGCUUACUAUACGCUGGUAAAAUACAAGAAACUUACCCCAGUUUAUUAUGGCCCAUUCAAGAUUGUGAAGGUGAUAAACGAGAAUGCUUAUGAGUUGGACUUGCCUACUAUGGUCAAGAAAGAUAGGGUGAUUAAUUCCAGAUAUUUCAGGAAGUACUUGUUAGAUGAAGUGGCUUUCCGUGACGUGCCGAGACCAGGGAAAGAAAGUGAAGUGAGAGCUGCUGAAGUUAGUGCUAUCUUAGGUUUAGAUUUGGAAAACAAGAUGCUUGAUGUUACUUGGUUGGGUUGUCGUCCUAAUCACUGUACUAGGGUGCUGUUGGAUUGGUUCAACAAGUUUGUUCCCGUCCACUUGAGACGAGCUUUGUUUGAGAAUGCUAAAACAUUAUUUAGUGAUAGAAUUGCUGAUACUUCCAAUACAGACGAGUCUUUGGUUUAA